AUCGGGGCGACCCAUCCGAAGAACGACGGCUGCUGCUCCCCACUUUUGCUGAAAGGUUUUUCCCCUCGCCCCGAAUUUUCCAUAUUGAAAUUAAAUUAACCUGUUGCCCGCCCUGAGCUUCUGAUAUAUGGCGAGAUAUAUAGUGCUUUAUAGACAUCUCCCGUUCAGUUUUAAUAUGAAAAGGAACCUGCAGUUUAAACUUCCGCAGCAGCUGCGUGGUGAUAGGAAGAAGGGGCACUUUCUCUUCCCUUUUUACAGCUGGGAAACUGAGGCUGAGAGUGACUUGUCCGCGGGGUAUCAUGUCGAAUAGCAUUGGGGUGAUCCCUCUUCCUUAAGUCUUCAUUAAGAGGGCGUCUUUGUUAAGGACUUGAACUUAUAAUGACAACAUCCCAUUCCCAAGUGCUGUGGUGCUUUAAAAUCUUAUACUGUAUAGACUUGGGUUGCAAUCCUGGACACACUUAACCUGGGAACAAGCCCUAUUGAACUCAGUGGGGCUCACUUCUGUGUAAGGCUAAUUCCUUUUACCCAGAGUGCCACAGCCCCAUUCCAGCGACAUUAUUUUCAGAUAAUUUACCUUUGGAGAUAAUGAGGUUCCUGACCUUAAGUUAACCAGGCUGUAAUUCUGUGCACCUUAUAUCUGGGUGUAUUGAGCUCAGUGGGGCUUGCUUCUAAGCAGAUGUGCAUGGGGUUGCAGCUUCCAGUGGCUUUUAAUUGGUAAAUGUGAAUCUGGAUUCUGGAAACUGUCUUGGCCAGAAGGCAAACUUGCAUUACAAAUGCCUCUUCAGUCUUUUGCAUUGACAGCCCAUCAGAUAUUCACAGUGCUACUGGUAGUACAAGGGGAUCUCAGCUGUGAUUUCAUUCAUCCCUGCAGGAAAUGAAUGUGAGUGUGUUUGGGAAGUCCCCAUUCAAAGCUCCCUUCUGGCAGUAAGCCUCUGGCAGGCAGCCUCAGACCCUCCCAUCACAGCUAUGGGAAUAAUAAGGCUGAUCUGCCUUAUAGCAUUGUUGUAAGGAAUGGUAUGCAUGAAGAGUUUUGGAUACUCUUGUCUAGAGAAAGUACUGCUAAGUACUGUUAAAUUUGUUUGGGGUCAGUGUUCAAAGCUUUUAUACAAACCCUGCACAAAUAGUCCCUAGUAAAUCAGUAUGUAUGUACCUGUAAAAUGGAGUGUGUUUGUCUAUAUAAAAUAGUUUUUUUUAAAAAAAGAGAUCAGUUAUUGCAUUUUUAAAUGCAAAAAAAAGGUAUUUGGCAGCUGAAUGAGUCUCCAUCCCAUUGCAAAAAAAGGGAAACACUUUCAAUAUAUCUGAGGCUAGUGAACAUAGAAAGUAUUUGUGAUUUUAAAAGUAGCAGCUGCUCAGGUUGUGUUAUUGAGAUAGGUCUUUAUCCAUGCAGGUUAUUGUGUCAGGACAUUUUCCUGCAGCUCCUGUACCCAAAUCCCUUUGUCUUAACGCCUUGGCUUAAACCAUUGAAACUUAUCUUAGAAGUGCAAUGCCUUGGGUGUUAUUCAGUGCUAGUCCUACUCAGAGUAGAUCCACUGAAAGGAUGAAGCCUAAGUUAGCAAUUACGGUGCUGGAGGAAACUCUUGAGAGUCCCAUGGACUGCAAGAAGAUCAAACCUAUCCAUUCUGAAGGAAAUCAGCCCUGAGUGCUCACUGGAAGGACAGAUCCUGAAGCUGAGGCUCCAAAACUUUGGCCACCUCAUGAGAAGAGAAGACUCCCUGGAAAAGACCCUGAUGUUGGGAAAGAUGGAGGGCACAAGGGGACGACAGAGGACGAGAUGGUUGGACAGUGUUCUCUAAGCUACGAACAUGAGUUUGACCAAACUGCGGGAGGCAGUGGAAGACAGGAGUGCCUGGCGUGCUCUGGUGGUCCAUGGGGUCACGAAGAGUCGGACUAAACGACUUAAAGAUGACGACAACAAGAACAAGUUAGCAAUGUCCAUAGAUGUCAGUGGGUCAACCCAGAGUAGGAGUAGUGUUUCCCAAUUGCCCAUUGCUACAUCAAACAUGCCAGUGGAUCAUUAUACUGUCAGUUUGGUACCAUUUGCUGAACGGUUGGAGCCAGGUUAAAUGAGUUUAACUUGAAAUCAGUGGGAUACAUUAGUUAUGGCUUAACUUAGCUCCCACUGAAAUCAACAGGCCUCAAAGUACAUGCAGCUAACUUAAGUCUUGAUCCGACCCUAUGAGCUUGGUGAUGAUGCCAUUGACAUAUGCUAAUAUUGUAAGCAAAAAGGAACGUUUUCCUGCCCUGAGGAGGCUGCGGUAUUUCAAUAGUGGGAGAGAUGACAGGUGAGAACUAAAGGGUUAAGCUAGAGGUUUUGUGGGAAAGGAAGGAAGGCCUGGAGGAAGAAAGAGAAUGUUUGGAAUAAAACUCCCAUCAGCCCCUGCAAACAUGGUCAACCAUUGUCAGGAAUUUUGGGAGCUGUGUUUCAUAACAGUGUGGUAUAGCGGUUAGUGUGCUGGACCUUUGGCCAGUCACUGCCUCUCAGCCUAACUUACCUCAGAGGGCUGUUGUGAAGAUAAAAUAGAGAGCAGGAAAAACCAUUUAUACCACCAUGAGCUCCUUUGGAGGUGGGAUAUAAACGUGACGAUUAUAAUAACAACAGUAACAUAUUCUGGCCAUUCCUGACUUUGGUGUUUUGAAAGAAGAUGCCAAUAUUGGGUUAAAUUCAAACAUGCUUAUACUUAGAGAAGACCCCUUGAAGUCAGUGGGGUUUCAGUUAGCCAUCACUAAAACCAACCCGUUGUUUGUAUGUUAACACUUUGGAUGGAGAAUAGCAAGCAAAAGAAAUGCGAUUCGCGCUUGUUGUUGAGCACGAAAAAAAGUAGUAUGCAGAAGUUGCCAUAGUUCCUUUUUCUACUUUUCAUUGUUACUGGCUGGGCUCUCCCGGCGUGCGAGAUGUUGCAUCAUCUCAAGCGAAGGGGCAGCCGUGAGCAGAAGCAGUGGUUCUCCUGAGUGAACACGAAAGUGAAAGGGAGCCUUCUUGAUUUCAUUGGGUCACCCUGAGGAAAUUUCACCCGGGAUUUCUCUACUCCCUCUCAAUGGCGUCUAGGCUUGGUGCCUCUGCCCUUUGAGGAGAGCUCAGUGAUAGGACACACGCUUUGUGUGCAGAAGGUCCCUGGGAUCUCCGCUUAAAAGGAGCUCGGAGCUGGGAAAGAGGCCCCUGUCAGGAGGAGCCAAAGCGAAGUUCACCCUUCAGAUGUUGCUGGACUACAACUCCCAUCAUCCCUGAGCAUUGGGACUGAUAGUUCUUGUAGUCCAUCAAUACUAUAUUGGCUCUCCAAGUUUGGGGGUUUUGAGAGCUGCGAGGGGCAGUGCUAGGCAAGGUGGGCCAACAUCUUCCGCCUUCAUUCACAUGCUCAGCUUGGAAACAUGAUUGGCAUCCCCUGAAAGCCACUGCCUUUGCCUUUGGGGUGGAGAGGGUGAAAAUAUGCUGCCAACCGCAGUUCCCAAUGUCAUGUCUGUCUGGAUGCUCCCGACCUGACUCACCUGCAGUCUGUUUUGUUUACCUGAUAGCAGCACGUUGCAUGAAUCAGAUUUGUGGAGAGAAAUGUAGUAAGCGGGGGAAAGGGAACAGGCCCGCCUCAAAACUAGGUCAUGUUGCUGCCCAAUGGGGACACAGGCAAGUGUCCUUGUCCCAGAUAAAGGAAUGCUUGCUUACGCCUCCUCUUAAUAGCUUUGCUGGUCAGCUCUUAAUAGCUUUGCUGGUCAGCUACUCCGAGGCAGAGUUAUCUGGAAUGCCACCUUAGUGGAACCUGCAACGUUUCCAACCCAUCAGGUGGGGAGCAAUCCCAGUGUAGCACUUGGGCAAGGUCUUCUUAGCCAAUCCCAACAAGUGGCUUCCCCAAGCUAGUGUCCUUCCAGGGGACUUAGCACUUUGUCUGUACUUUGUUGUGCAAGAGGCCCAAAGGGUCAGCUGUGCUGCAGGUUGCCUGGAAUAAUCUCUCCGGCCUCCUCCCUAUGUCCUGGCAAAGCUCCUUUCCUGGAAAAUGUGCCACGCGCAUACUCAGAAAGGUUGCCUUGUGAAUUUCUUUAGUGGUGUUGCUUCAGAAUCUGUGUGGGACCAUCAUCACUGCUAGGAAUGGGAAACAACAGCCACAGGCCUUUCCCCACCGAGAAAAUUUAAAAUGCAGUCCUGAUACAGCCUAGAUAGAAAGCAAAAGUGACUUGAAAGGGUAUGUACACUGGAAGGUGGGAGAAUCAGGAGCUCCCCAGAUGUUGCUAGACUUCAAUUCCCAUCAUCCCUGACCAUUUGCUGUGCUAGCCGGGGCUGAUGGGAGUUGGAGUCCAGCAACACCUGGAUGGUCACGGGUUCCCUACCCUUGUGCGACUUUGUUGCCUUAAACUGCUUUACCUAGUCAUUCCCUUUCCUCUGGGAAUUCUGGGAGUUGUAGUUUUGUGCAUUCAGGUAGGUAGCCGUGUUGGUCUGACGCAGUCGAAAUUAAAAAUUAAAAAAUAGUUCAGUAGCACCUUAGAGACCAACUAAAUUUGAUCUAGGUAUAAGAUUUCAUGUGCAUCUGAAGAAGUGUGCAUGCACAUGAAAGCUUAUACCUAGAACAAACUUAGUUGGUCUCUGAGGUGCUACUGGACUAUUUUUUAAUUUUUUAUUACUUUGGUGCAGUGAGGCUAAGUAGCUCAGGAACCACAGGCGUGUAUGUGUGUGUUCAAAGAGUCCAUUAAUUAUCACCCUAUGAAGAUAAAGGGAAACGGUGUUUGGGAUAUUUAGGGGUUCUUUCUUGAAGACAGGGUGGAGUAUCUAAUUCACUCAAAGGUGAUGGCUGUUUUAGGUCACCUUUUGAUGAGAGGGGCGUGGUCCACCAUGCCAGGUUUCACUGCCUGUGUCACCACAGGUUGUUGAUCUGAAAUUGCCGAAUCUGCAAUGCAGAGUAUUCCAGAUCUUCCAGAGCUGGUUUAAUGCGUGAAUAGAACAAAGGGGCAAAUUCAUGCAACUUUCGUAUCCACUGUUAUAUGAUUCAUUGUAUUGUUGUUUUAGGCAAUCCAGGCAUAAUAGUAUAUGCCAAUAAAAUUUUUGGCAAGCCCCAAAACUCACGUUUCCCAGAGUUGUGUGGGCAUGUGAUUCUGAUAAAGGUCGAACUCUUCUUGUGAUGUUGUUCUACCUGAACACUGUGCUCUGCAUAAUCGGCUGGGGGUUUUUUUGGGGGGGGAAUCAUUUGGGUGGCUCCAUCCUAAGUACUGUUUGCAGUGCUAGAACCUUCUCUAUGGAUGGAGAUGUGUAGGGAACCUUUAUGCCAGGCAUCCCCAAACUUUGGCCCUCCAGAUGUUUUGGACUACAAUUCCCAUCAUCCCUGACCACUGGUCCUCUUAGCUAGGGAUCAUGGGAGUUGUAGGCCAAAACAUCUGGAGGGCCGCAGUUUGGGGAUGCCUGCUUUAUGCUAACACUGAUUGUGGGAACCUGUGUCAGGAGCGUAUGUUAGUCAAGCGCUUGAGUUGCUGUUUUGCACUGCUGAAGAUCAGGGGUAUGCAGUGUGGUGCCCUCCAGAUAUUGUGGACUACAGUUCCCAUCAUUGCUGAUGGUUGGCUACAUUUGUUGGGGCCGAUGGAAGUUGUAGUCCAAUUGCCGCACAAAGUCUGCAGCAAUUGUAGAUCUCUUGGCUAUAAGGAAGAGUGUCAAAUGGUCAGAUGUAUCAUUUUGUGAGAGUUUCUUUCGGAAUUGAGGGAUUUCUGAGCUUUUUCUGCUUGUUAGGAAUACAUAUUUUUUUUCUUUUUCAGAGGACAGGGCAUAUAUGCCCUAAAUACUAUAGUGCUGAAGGUUUUGUAUUAAAAAGGCCAACUUGAUGAAUGCACUUGAAGUCAGCUAGGGCGUCAAAUGCGGGGCAGGUAAAAACCUGGCUCUGCUGAAAGGGGGUUUGCAAGCCCCACCAACCUGGUGACCAGCAAAGUGUUGCCUAAGAGAUACCGCUUUGAAAGAAAGUCAGCUGACUGUCGGGUCUUCAGAAGCCCCUUUCAGCGCCCUGCUUUGCACAGUGCUUUGGAAGGGCAAAAAAGGACAGCUGAUGUCAUUGUGAUGUCAGGUGAUUGGCAGGUGGGUGGCUGCUGGUUCACCUGUUAAACCUUGACGGGUGGGGGAGAUAACAAUCUGGCCUGCUGGCCAGAUGCUUUUCCCCUCCCAUGCUGCGCUAGAGAUUUAGUCUGCCAGUGUGAAACUUCGCUCCCAGGACCAGUGAUCCAAAGUGAAAAACCCCGGGCUUCCCAUCCUUGGAAUAGUGGGUGGAAGCAACUGCUGGGGACAGGGGUAAAGGGAGGCAUCUAUUUACUGAAUUGGAAAGCAUUGCUGUGGAAGAAUCCCCUGUGCAGGAGCUCAAUCUGCUUUCCUAUACCAUCAUGGAAACAAUUAUAUCCUUUUAAAAGAACAUCGAUAAGCCUCACAGUACAGCCAUUUGAGUGUAGGCAGCAGGAAACUUAGGAGAUGUUGGCCCUGGCAAUCUAAAAAGAGCAACAACAUUAAGAUAAGAUAGGGGCACUUCUGGCUGUUUCUGGUAAAAAGAUGAAACUAUCCUAUCUCCUGGUCUGUUUCAAAAUAAUAUAAGAUGGAACAAAUCACACUUUUCAGCUAGUGAGUGGCUCUCCCAUUCCCCAUUUCAUAUUAUGUUCAGUCCUUCCUCUUCUCCUUUCCUUUAAUUUCAUACUGGAGGAUUGCAAUCCUCAGAUGGCCCUGAUCCUUUUUUCAAAGGUGCUGCAAGGUCCGCAGCCACCUGACCUGGUCCUUUGACAUAGAUCCCAAUGGGUUUGUUUUCCACGUACCUUGUUUGAAAACAUUUGCCAGAAGGCUUCUACAGCUAUGUUCUGAGAAGGAUGAAGAUAAGGAUCUUGGCCAAGGAAGAUAACUAGGCUGCAGCAGAUCAGGUGUCACCUGUCCAACCUUGGGAGGAGUUAAUUGAUCUCUCUCUCUCUCUCUCUUCUCUCUGUGUCACUGUCCGGUUCUUCCUUCUUGUCAUAUGUAGACACUAGCGGCUUGUGUUCAGCAAGCCGGGUGAGUCAAGAGGCACUUGUCUUCAUUUAGAAGAAAGGUAGGCAUAUUUCUUGCAUUGUAUUUGAUGGGUAGAAAGGGUGAAAUUUAGAUCGCUUUCAAAGAAUGGUCCAUCUCCAGUCUUGUCUGAAAGUCUGAGGUGGUCCGAUCAUCUUAAAAGCAUGAGAAAAUAUAGCAAACCUACUGGGUCAGGCCAGUGGCCCGUUAAGUCCAGCUGCAUCCUGUUCUCACAAUUGCUACUAGGUGGUCAGAGAAAGCAAGGCUUCUGAAUACCAUUUGCUGGAAACCACAGGAGGGGAGAGGGCUUUGAUGUUUGAGUCCUGCUUGAGAGUUUCCACAGGUAUCUGGUUGGUCACGGCGAGAACAGGAUUCUGGACUAGAUGGGCGAUUGGCCUGAUCCAGCAGACUCAUCUUACAUUCUUAUGUUCAUGGCUAAUCAGAAGCCUGUGGGAAGCCUGCAAGCUGGACAUGGGUGCAACUGUACUCUGCUAACCUGUGAUCUGCAGCAGCUGGUAUUCAGAGCCACAGUGCAUCUUACAUGGGAGGUAGAACAUAGUCAUUGGGCAAUAUAUUGAUAUAUGGUCCAAAACCGGUUUGAAGUCCAUAUCGUGAUAACAGUUUCAUCGUUUUUGACUUGGCAAUAUAUUGCAAAUUAUGAUGUGUGUUAGGACUGUGCCAUCUAUCGUCCAAAACCGAUAGAAAGUCCAUAUCAUGAUAUUGGUUUCAUAAUUUUUGGCUGGGCAGUGUAUUGCAAUCAUGACGUGUGUGUGUGUGUGUCUGUGUGUGUGUGUGUGUUAUGCAAAAAUCACAAUGUGGGACAAAUCGUGAAGCCCGACAGUGUCUCUACAUAGCUCCAUCCUUAUGGUGAUAUAUCAGUAUAUCACGAUGUUUGGCUGGUGCUAUACUGCAGCAAAGUUGCAAAUCAGAUAUCACUCAGCCCUCAUUGUGGCUAGUAGCUGUUAACAACCUAUUCUUCCACAAAACUUAGCAUGUGUCAUCUUUCAGACAGGAAACCCCCUCUUUUUUUUCUCAGGACUUCUCUGUUUCUUCCUAUGAGUUCAGGGCCAAAUCAUCUCAUGAGAAUGAGGCUCUUCUCCAGUGGUGUGUGCUGUUCCUUAGAAGUUCUGUGUUGCCUAAACAAAAAUAAAGGGGAUACGUUCCUCUUUGCCUCUGUGCAAAAGGUGCUAAAACGUAGUCUGGCUUGACUUGUGCUUUUUAAUAAAAACACCGGAGGAUAAAUAUGCUUCCGAAGCCAAAAAAUUGCUCAAGUCCCAGUUUCCUUCUUACCAAUGUCUAUGGCGAUAUGUUAUGUGUUGGGGAAUUUCCAGUCACCUGAUGGUCUAAAAUAAUGCAAUCCUUGUUUUUCCAGGUUUUUAAGGAGUGUGUUGUGAAUAGGAAGGUUCCUUCUGAUUGUGGACUGGAAAGUGCUUUUAGUUGGCAUGUCAGUUUUGGAUUCCUGUAGAAUAAGGGGAAGAGGGAAAACCGUGAUGGAGUAUAUGAGCACCGACAGUGACCAUAAGCAGGAGAUUGAUUUAUUGCUAACAGACUUAAAUAUGUCUGAAGUGAUCGACAUCAUGGAGGACCUUUACCCAAAUGGAGACCUUGCCGUUUACGAUGACAGCCUCCUUGCCCUGUGUCCGGAGACAAACAAGAAUGAGGAGCGUGCUGAAUCCUUGCUGUUCAGCGGAAGGGAAGUUUCGGCGUUGUCGUCCGUCAAGUACGGGACCGUGGAAGACUUGCUGGCUUUUGCAAACCAAGUAUCCAACACUGCCAAGCAGUUUUGCCGGCCCAGGAGACAAGAGUCUGGAAUCAUAUUAAAUAUGAUCAGUCCGAAAAAUGGACGCUAUCAAAUUGACUCCGAUGUGCUCCUGUUUCCAUGGAAGCUAACCUAUAGAAAUAUCGGGACUGACUUCAUUCCACGGGGAGCUUUCGGGAAAGUCUACUUGGCACAAGAUACAGAAACCAAAAAGCGCAUGGCUUGCAAACUGGUCCCAGUGGAACAGUUCAAGCCAUCGGACGUUGAGAUCCAGGCCUGCUUCCGCCAUGAGAAUAUUGCUGAACUUUAUGGAGCCAUCUUGUGGGACGAGACAAUCCACCUCUUCAUGGAGGCAGGAGAAGGAGGCUCUGUCCUGGAGAAGGUGGAAAGCUGUGGGCCUCUAAGAGAAUUCGAGAUCAUUUGGGUGACGAAGCAUAUCCUCAAGGGACUUGAGUUUCUUCACUCGAAGAGAGUUAUACACCAAGAUAUAAAACCCAGCAACAUUGUUUUCAUGUCAACCAAAGCAGUUCUGGUGGACUUCGGUCUGAGCGUUCAAAUGACGGAAGAUGUUUUCUAUCCCAAAGACCUCCGAGGAACAGAGAUUUACAUGAGCCCAGAAGUGAUCCUUUGCCGAGGCCACACUACAAAAGCCGACAUCUAUAGCCUGGGAGCAACCAUCAUCCACAUGCAGACUGGCAUCCCGCCAUGGGUGAAUCGCUAUCCCCGUGCGGCAUACCCCUCCUACCUCUACAUAAUCCACAAGCAAGCACCACCUCUGGAAGACAUUGCUGAGGACUGCAGUGCUGGCAUGAGAAGGUUGCUGGAAGCUUCUCUGGAAAGGAACCCAAACCAAAGACCCUCUGCCACAGAGCUGCUUAAGCACGAGGCCCUGCACCCCCCUCCGGAGGAACAGCCUCGGUGUCAGAGCCUGGACUCGGCACUCUUCGAAAGGAAAAGGCUGCUGACCAGGAAGGAGCUGGAGCUGCCAGAAAACAUUGCUGAUUCUUCAAGUCUUGGGAUUACAGAGGAAUCGGAACUGCUAAAGAGGCAGCGAUCGUUGUACAUAGACAUUGGAGCAUUAGCUGGCUACUUUAACAUUGUCCGGGGAACAACAACGCUAGACUACGAAUAAAUCUGAGGAUCUCUUGUGCUGGACAGAAGGAGAUAAUGCCUCUUAUAGAACUAACUGCUUUUGAAGAAGAGUGCAAUCAGUUUUAUCACUGGAAGGAUUUUCUAAAGCUAACCCUUUUGGGAAUUCUGACCAAUAUAUAAUGAUCACCACUGUCUUUACAUUCUGGAUGAAAGCAAACGUCAACAGAUUACUUGUUUUGUUGGCAUAUGGUGUGUGUUUUGCGUGCACACAUCAUUUGUGAUUUGAAUAAUGUUCAGUGUGUAAAAAUAUUUGUGUGUGUGUGUGUGUGUGUGUGUGUGUGUGUAUUUGUAUAUAUAUUGUAGAAUUCUAUUAUAUCACACACACACACACACACACACACACACACACACACACACGUAAUGUGCAUUAAAAAAGAAAGAAAGACGGACCUGACUGGGUCUGAAUAGUUAAGCUAAGCUUCAUUCAGACCCCCAUUAAGACUCCUUGACCGCUUCCACCUAAGAACUGUCAAAGUGCACAUUGGAUCGGAUCUACGGCUGUUUCUAAACAGUGCUUGCUUCCAACAGUGGCUUUUUGUAGCGUUGCCUUGGCUAGGAUGCCUCCUCUUUGCAAAUCCUUGGCUCACAGCAUGGGGCUGGCUUCCCCAAGAAGGCCUGGGGCAUUGCUAGUUGGGGUGCCUGCCCUUUUCUGUCCCCUCUCCCCUUGCUGAUCUUUGCUUGCAUCCAGCGGCAGCUCAGUUGACCCACAAACCAGCAUGGCAUGAGCAUCUUUGCUCAUCUCCACCCAACCGCCCACUUGUUUUGCUGAUGGCUUGUUUUGGAUGCCAAGGAAGGGAAACUCCCCAUCUUCCUCUCCCUGCCCUUCUUUUGCUUCCCUUGGGUUCUUUGACACAUUUCCCAAGCUCUCUCCAUGGCGCUUAUUUGACCUCCCCGCUUUUCAGACUGAGAGUUUGCCAACUUGGGCAAGUCAGUGGUUUUGUUGCCCCAAGUCUAUGCAGGGGAUAAGUCAGGUGCUUCCCCUCCACCUCCAAGCUAAGUUGAAACACUGACACCAGAGUUUUGAGAACCCUGCUAUAUAGGCCAAGGGUGUUGUGGCAGAUCCGGAAUAAGCUUGUAGAAAUAAAUGGGAGCUGUAAACCAUAGCUGCCAAGUUAUCCCUUUUUAAAGGGAUUUUCCCUUAUGCUGAAUAGGCUUCCUCGCGAGAAAAGGGAAAACUUGGCAGCUAUGCUGUAAACAUAAGUAAUGACUAAAUUGUCCCAUUGAGUUCAACAGGGACUGAAGCUGCAAUCCUUACUCCACUUGCCUGGGAGCAAACCCCAAACUGGACUUAUUUUGAAUAGACAUGAUUAGCAUUAUGCUGUAAAUUCAGCUAACUUAACAGUGCAGCACUGCCCGUUCUUACUCAGAAGUAAACCCCAUUGAAUUCAAUAGGCUCUCAGGAAAGUGGAGUUAGGAUUGUGGCAUGAUUCAGGAUUUAGCCCAUUGAUAAGAAAUAGCUGGACUCCUGUGGCUUGAAGACAGACUCUUAGAAUUGAAAACCAGCAAAGAAAGCAAAUUGUAGCGACAGGCAUGUCUCCUGCUUGCACGUAGUAGGGUGGUGUUCAGAAAGCACUAGCACCCUUGCCUUUUGACUGACAGUGCAAUGCUGGGCAUGUCUACUCAGAGGUGAACCCAAUAAUGCUUGCUCUGCAUCAUAUUGCAGCCUGAGUUAGCCGCAUCAGGUGCAGUUUCCCAGAAAGUUCUUUUGCAUGAAUGGGAGCUGUGCAAAAAGCACGGAAUGAGUUCUGGCUUGCAAACUUCUGCAAAGAAUAGAGCAGCUGUGCACACGAGCCAUUUGAUGUAUAAUGUUGGUGAACAAUAUUGCACUGUGUUUGGAAUCUUUGCCAGUUCAGAUGGUGGUUCAAUUUGUGGCUGCAAGACUUCAUGUUGGUUAAAAUAAACAUGUGUUUGGAUGCCAUGAAUGAUACAUUAUUUUAUGUUCCUAUGGAAAAAGACUUCCUUUUCUCUUGAAGAUGUUGAAUACAUUUAAAUGUGAUGUUUUAGAGGGCAGUAAAGCUGUUUCAAGAACAUAGUUUGGUACAUCCCAUGGGAUGAAUUUGUAAACUUUUAUAAAACUGUUGUGUACUAAGGAUUAGUUUCGUUUUUAACCACCUGUUUCCCUUUUUUAAUGGCAUACUAUGUAUGUUGUAAACAGAACUAGUUAUAAAACAACAUAUCUGUUUCAAAGUUUAUAUUUAAGGCUCUUUGUAUACAAAAUAUAUUUGUAUUAAUUUCUUCCACUCCUGAUUCCAAUAGGACUGGAUUAAAGAUUUGAAGGAAUAAAUCCAUGUGUUCCUGUGUGCAUUUAUUUUGUCAUUUCUUAGUAUGUGUACCCAUUUCUUAGCCUGUGUAAAAACAGUUGCAUUCCUGUAGAUAUUUUGCUCCAUCACCCUUUUUGUGGUCAGUUACUCUUGCCAAUUGCAAAGCAACUGGGAGGACCAUCAAUAAAGGAAAUCUGCACACCUUUUCUGGUGGGCAGUGUUGUGGCUGGGCAUCCGGGCCCCUGCAGUGAUCCGGCGGGGGGCGGAGAUUGACACCCCCCUUGUGCCAUCCCAGCUGCAUCACUGGUGCUGGGUGUGGCCAUGCCCAGGG